UAUUCCACUGUGUAAAUGUCUUAUCGUUUUAUCCACUCAUCUACUGAGAGACAUUUAGGCUGCUUCCAAAUCUUGUCUAUUGUAAAUAACGCUGCAAUGAACAUAGGAGUGCAUAUAUUCUUUCAAAUGAGUGUUUUGGUUUCUUCAGAUAUAUUUUCAGAGGUGGAGUCCCUGGGUCACAAGGCAGGUCCACUUUUAACUUUUUGCGGUAACGCCACACUGCUUUCUGCAGUGAGUGCACCCAUGUGCGUUCCCACCAACAGUGGAGUUCCCUUUUCUCUGCAUCCUCGCCAGCACUUGUCAUCGUGAUUUAUUGGCCAUAGCCAUUCUGACAGAUGUGCUGGGCUUUCCUUGUUGUAUGUGGCCCACAGGCGUCAGCCAAGUCUUCAGGCCGCCGUGACUCAGUCAGGUCGAGCCUCAACAAUGACAUCCGGAAUCUGUGGACCAUGGCCUCGCUGUCACAGUCCAAGCUGAAUGUGCCGCUGACUAGUCUUUGUGGGGACUCUGACCUGGAGGGCAGCAGCACAGGCAGCAAGACCGACCAGUGGUACAACCCGGAGGAGAUCCACCAAGACUCUGAGGACGUCUGGAAACAAUGGGAGGACAGAAAGGACAAGCCAGAGGAGCUGGGCCUUGGUGGCUUCCAGGGAAGCGAUUUAGAAGGGGAUGAGGAUUCCAGAACAAAGAUGGAAACACCUUCCUCAAUGGCAUCAGCCAGAAUCUCAAAGCACACACCCCAUCGAGCCUACUGGGUGGAGCAGCAGAACAGGCUGCCUCUGCCCCUGGUGGAACUCAUGGAGAGUGAAGCUCUGGAAAUCCUCACCAAAGCCCUCCAGAGCUACCGGUCGGGGAUCGGCAAGGAUCACUUCUUAACCAAGCAACUGCAGAGAUACAUCGAGAGACUCAAGAGGCGACGGAGCAAGAGGCAACACGUCUUGGUGCACUGAGAGCACCAGCUCAGGCUCAAGUGACUGUCCAACUCCAGCCCCAGUCCCUGUCCUGCCCCAAGACACAGCCCGACCCUCUCGACGUGGAAUUUGAACCGUAGAGAAAUAAAAGAGCCCGUACAAGGUC